UUUUAGGAGCCGAGACCGGGAGCUAACACUGAGAGCGCGUUUAUGAGUUUCGCUUCGUUUUAUUUUGGAGUUGCGUAGCCUAUAGAAAAGAGAAGGAGGAAAGACCAAGAAAGUAAUCCCCUUCUGGAAAGUUGGAGGGGCUGAUGGCGACGGCUCUUGUCUUUAUUAUUUUAGCUUGUUGUUUUAGUUUAUUGUUUUUGCCUGGAACCCGCGAGCAGGAAGGGUGCAAAUGGUCGUUCACUUUAUUUCGUGUUCGCGCUCUCUUUCCUUGCGCCAACCUUAUAACAUUACCACCUUCUCUGCCACUGAACUCUGCAUUUUGCAAAAAUGACCAGGACAAGAGUAUAUCAGUGUUGGACUGCAUUUGGGCCACAGGCCCCUUGUGGACUCGCCCUGCCUCAAAGUUGAAUGUCUGCCCUGUAUAACUUCCUCUGCACCAGUGUCCCUGCAGUGAUAAAGCCUACUCUCACUGUGGGACCAGGGAAGGAACCGUCCGCAGUCCGCUUCGGUGACCUCCGAUUCAAGAAUAUGUGCAUGUAAUCCCUGAGAAUCGCAGAAAUGAAAUCCUCACAUAUGAAACGGAUGCUGGUUUUUACAGCACUCUUUGGUCUCACAGCGUUCGUCCAGUGCCAGGAAUUACAGAGUUUUGACCUUCUGGAGGAGUUCCGGGUGUCCGAAAUCUCAGGCGUUCAAACGGUGAACGGGUCGGGACCGGGCACGGUGGCUUUCCGGGUCGACCCCUCCGUUCACCUGAAAAACACCAUCAGUGAGGUGUACCCAGAUGGCCUGCCCUCCGACUUCUCCAUCAUCGCCACCUUCAAGAUGACGGCAGAGGCAGCCAGAGGCUCAUGGGAGCUGUGGCAGGUGAGCGACAGGUCUGGGCGGGAGCAGAUGGGCGUGCGUCUGCUGGGCGACGCCCGCGCCCUGGAGUUCUUCUACACGGGGCCGGACGGCGCCCCCACGCGCCGGACGUUUGGCGGCGUGGACCGCCUGUUCGACGCGGGCUGGCACAAGCUGGCGCUGAGCGCCGCAGGCGAGGAGGUCAAGCUGCUGGUGGACUGCCAGGAGGUCAGCGUCGCCUCCGUGGACCAGCCCCGCCCCCUCAUCCGCCGGGGCUACACCUCCAUCGUGAAGAGGGCCGCGCGCAACCGCGGGGGCUCGGUGGAUCUCCAGCAGAUGGUGCUGUCGUGCGACGCAGACCAGGCGUACUCCGAGCGCUGCUGCGAGCUCUCCAACGUGUGCGGGGGUUACGCCGAAAUCGGCCUGUCGGGGAACAGGGCCGCUUGCCGGUGCCUUCACGGGCAGCCCGGGGUUCAGGGAUCCCCCGGACCAAAGGGCCACAGGGGUCUCCCAGGCAACACAGGAGACACAGGAAAAGUUGGUAAAUGGGGAGUCAGAGGAAACACAGGUGAUUAUGGAGUAAUCGGGAAGACUGGUCCUGAGGGCAUCGCUGGGAUCAAAGGGGAGAAGGGCAUGAGAGGACUCCACGGGCGACCGGGCGACAGGGGACCCAAGGGCCUGAAAGGACUGAAAGGAGCUGCUGGGUACAAGGGAGUGCAGGGACCUCCUGGAGAGAGAGGAGAGACGGGUGAACAGGGUCAAGUGGGGGAUCGAGGUCCUCUUGGAUAUGAGGGAAUUCCAGGGUACCAGGGAGUGAAGGGCGACGAAGGGUUUCCGGGCCCCGAGGGCUCUCAAGGGCCCCAGGGACGUCAGGGCAUUGUUGGGGAUGCAGGAGAGACUGGAAAAGCAGGACUGAAAGGGAAGCCGGGCAUCCAAGGACAUAAGGGGAAGCCAGGCACUUUUGGAGUGAAGGGCAUUGUGGGAGAUCCCGGGACACCAGGAAGAGAUGGAGACCCAGGAAUUGAGGCCUACCAGGGACCUCAGGGUACAGAUGGGAGAGCCGGCCGAGGCGGAGAGAGGGGAGAGAAAGGAGCUCGGGGACCCCCUGGGAACAUGGGCCCACAGGGACAGACCGGGCUGAGGGGAUUCAAGGGAACGGCCGCCAAGCCAGGAAGACCGGGCUUUAUCGGACCCCCAGGACCCACAGGACACGUGGGAUUACCUGGGAGGCAGGGCCCUAAGGGUAAUCCGGGUCUUCAAGGAAUCCAAGGUGUUAAAGGUGAAAAGGGUGAGACGGGCAUGAAGGGACCGAAGGGACAGGAAGGAGACAGUGGGGAUCGGGGUGUGGAGGGGCUCCGGGGAAAGAGGGGCUCUGCGGGGGAGCCGGGCCGCUCAGGCCCCGUCGGGAGCAAAGGUGUCCGAGGAGACGGGGGGCCAGCGGGAUUCCAGGGGCCCCCAGGCCCACCUGGUCCCACUCUUCCAGCCCAGCACGUGAUCGAGGUCUGCAAGCGGGUGGUCCUGGAGCAGAUGUCCACCUUCGCCAACUCCAUCAAGAGGACGUGCGCCGCCGUGUGCCCGCUGUACGGGGACGUGCCCAUGGGCGCCCCCGGCCCGCCGGGACAAAAGGGCCCCCCCGGACCAACUGGUGACCCAGGAACUGAUGGUGUGGAAGGGGAAGUCGGACAGCAGGGAUUCUAUGGUGAAGCAGGGGACCCUGGAAGGCAAGGAGCGCCAGGCGAUCGAGGAGAGCGAGGGGACAAAGGAGCUAAAGGCCAUGGACUACCUGGCCACAUGGGAAACCAAGGCUCUAUGGGCAAGCGGGGAAGACCUGGCAGGGCUUUCGAUGGGCAGCCCGGUCGCCAAGGAGAUCGGGGCCACGCAGGUCCGCCCGGACAGCGGGGCCACUCUGGGCAGCCUGGGGUCCCUGGCGUCUGCCUGACCCAUGGGUGUGACCUCAUCAACAACACAGCCAAUGAGAUCCCACAGCCGGCGCCCCGGCCACUGAGGAGACGCCGAACGCUGUCCUUAUCUGUGUGUCUUUUCCACUCGGCGGUAAUUGAAGGUGGCGUCGGUCCAGCAGGGAUGUGGGAAACGGGACGGGGAGAGGGCAGGCUCUCUCACGCUGGAGAAACAUCUGCCGAACGCAGCCUCCAGAAAGCCAGCGUCUCUCCGGCGGCUCCGCGCAGUCAUGCCCGCUCGGUCUCGCUGAAUAGAGGACCGGACUCCCGCUACGCGCGCGCUGCUCCAGGUGGUACUGGAGCAGGGCUCUUCCACACCAUGGCCUACAGACGGCAGAACCGACAUCUGUGUCUCCAGUCCCUCGCCCCACUGCUCCUGCUCUCUCUCUGCGUCGCACAGCGGGAGGACAUGAGAUCCAGUUGCAGAACGGCUCCGAGCGAUUUAGUGUUUAUUCUAGACGGUUCUUGGAGUGUGGCCGACACUAACUUUGAGAUAGUCAAACGGUGGCUGGUGAACAUCACCAUCCAGUUCAAAAUCGGCCAGGAGUUCACGCAGGUGGGCGUGAUCCAGUACAGCGACGACCCCCACCUGCACGUCCCGCUGGGGAGCCACUACUCCAGCGAAAAGCUCAUCAAUGCCAUGGAGUCCAUCGAGUACAUGGGCGGCAACACCAACACGGGGAAGGCCAUCCAGUUCGCCAGCGACCGACUCUUCGCCACCUCUGAGCGUGCACCCAACGGCGUGGCGAAGAUCGCCGUGGUCCUCACGGACGGGAAGUCGCAGGACGAGGUGUCGGAGGCGGCCGAGGAGGCGCGGACGAAGGGCGUCACCCUGUUCGCCAUCGGGGUGGGCGAGGAGGUGGUGGAGAGGCAGCUGAAGGCCAUCGCCAACAAGCCGCACUCCACCUACGUCUUCUACGUGGAGGACUACAUGGCCAUCUCCAAAAUCCGCGAGGUGAUUCGACAAAAGCUGUGUGAAGAAACGGUUUGCCCAGAGAGAAUCCCUGUGAACAGUCGCGGCGAGAAAGGCUUUGAUAUGCUGGUGCAUCUGAACUUGGCAAAGAAAGCCAAAAAGACGCAAGGCUCUUUCUACGGUAAAAAAGCCUACCAGGUGACCUCGCGCGUUGACUUAAGCGAAAGCACAAGGUCUCUGUUCCCUGACGGCCUGCCCCCCUCCUACGUGUUCGUGGCCACGCUGAAGUACAAGGGCUCGGUCGCCAUGGAGAAGUGGGACUUGUGGAGGGUGCAGACCAAAGACGGGGAGCCCCAGAUGGCGGUCACGCUGAACGGGCUCCACCGCACGGUCAUGUUCACCACCACCAGCAUGGACGCCAGCGCCACCCAGACCGUGGUCUUCAAACAGUCUGCGGCCAAGAGACUCUUUGACGAGCAGUGGCACCAGCUGCGUCUUCUGGUCACUGAAGAAGAUGUCACCCUUUACGUCGACGACUUGGAGAUCGAAACUUUGCCUCUGGAACCUCCGGACGGCAUCUUCGUUAACGGACAGACACAAGUCGGGAAAUAUGUCAGCAAAGAAACGACCGUACCGUUUGAGAUCCAGAAGCUGAGGAUCUACUGCGACCCCGAGCAGAACAUGCGUGAGACGGCCUGCGAGAUCCCUGGAGUAUGUGCCAACGGGCCCAGCGACUUUGAAUACGAGCCCACGCCAGAGCCCUGCACCUGUCCUGCCGGACCUCCCGGACCGUCGGGCCUGAAGGGGGAAGCUGGAAGACCUGGAGACCCAGGCCAACCUGGUCCUGCAGGUGCUGAGGGUAAGCCUGGAAUCCCUGGCAUAAGUGGCAGUCCAGGACUCCAAGGCCCACCAGGUGUACAGGGCCAACGAGGGGAGCCUGGCGUUCCGGGGCAAACAGGAGGGCCUGGUGACUCGGGAAAGCCAGGUGUUCCUGGGUUACCUGGAUCCCAGGGGCCACCAGGUGAAAAGGGAUCCAUUGGCCUUCUAGGGGAACCAGGGUUACCUGGGAAAGAUGGGAAUAAGGGAGAAAAAGGAAGCCGAGGACUUGCGGGGACACCUGGCUAUCCUGGCCCUCGUGGACACCCCGGGCUCGACGGGAAGGACGGAACGCCAGGAAGCAACGGCCGAAAGGGGGAAGCUGGGAUCCCAGGGAACCCCGGUAUGGAAGGACGGGAGGGACACCCUGGCAUGCCUGGUGUACCAGGGAAUGAAGGCCGGAGUGGACUGAAGGGUGAGGCUGGUUUGCCUGGAGAAAAGGGGUCAAGAGGUGCGGCAGGCUCACAGGGUGAGAGGGGAACGCCCGGGGUGCCAGGGACCGACGGACAACCAGGAGCCAAGGGAAGUAAAGGUGAACCUGGCCAACCUGGACAAUCCGGUCUCCCGGGAACAGAGGGAAAACCAGGUGACCCAGGAGUAGCAGGACAGCCAGGUCUCUCAGGCCGACCAGGGGUUCAAGGACUGAAGGGAGACCAGGGUGAGCUGGGCCAGACGGGAAUUCAGGGGACCAAAGGUGAAAAAGGAGACCAAGGCCGGCCGGGGGGUCAGGGGUCCGCCGGUCUUCCUGGGCAGAGAGGAGAGAAAGGGACCUCAGGAGAGCAGGGGCUGAGGGGCCAGAACGGUCACCAGGGCUCCCCUGGCAUGCCCGGCCACAUGGGCCCCUCCGGGCCCCGGGGACUGAGUGGAGACGCUGGGGCAGUGGGCCCGCCUGGACCGUCAGGGAGACCCGGUAGAGAGAUGUCAGAGCAGCAGAUUCGGCAGAUUUGUCGGGAAGUUCUGAGGACGGAGAUCCCGUCUCUUUUCGGAAGCCGCCAGCCCAGAGUCUGUGAGCGCUGCCACUCCCGGGCAGGGUCCCCCGGCGCCCAAGGCCCGCCGGGCCCUGCAGGACCCCGGGGACUGAGGGGGUUCCCUGGGGAGCCCGGAGCCAACGGUCUGCAGGGACACCCAGGCCAGCCAGGGCAAGCGGGUGUUCCAGGGAUGAAAGGGGAGACAGGCGAGAGAGGCGAAAAGGGAAGUCAAGGCCGUACCCAAACUGGGGAUCUGGGACCCCCUGGACCUCAAGGUCCAAUGGGCCCCCCAGGGCACGGAAAACCUGGUUACCCGGGGAAACCCGGCCCCCCAGGCCUGAGCGGGAAGGAGGGGAAGCAGGGGUACCCCGGCACCCCCGGCCAGCCCGGCGUGUGCCACCCCUCCUUCUGCUACGGUGCCAUGGUCAGGCGGGACUCCUUCAGGAAGGGCCCAAACUACUGACGGGACGACAGAUGAAACCCGUCAGCCCCGCCCACUCCCCACCACCUCCUCCACCCCCUCCACCCACGCAUGGUGCUUUACUAACGAGAACAGGACAAAUCAAUCUUUCGCAACUCAGGAAGAUAACCUUUUAGAAACAGCCUCGCCCUUCUCGUUGGGGACAGGAAGUACCUCUUGUGUAUUAACAAAAAAAAAAAAAGACACGAAAACAAAAGCAAAAAAAAAAAAAAAAUGGCGCAUCCAUGGGUGCUUUUUUAUUGUAGAUGUGAAAUUUCAGAGAGUGGAGCGCUCUCCCUCCCCCCUCCUGCAGCCCCCCCCUCUCUGGAGUGGGAGGGGCUCUGGGUCUCCACAGAGACCGCAGUGGAGGGCGUGACCUGACACAUGAAAACCGCGGGCCUUCGGUCGUAUGCAGGAAACUAGAUGCAGUGUGUGAUCAUUUGAAUGGUCAUGGCCAAUGGGCUACUUGGAUUUGUAUUCAAAUGCUUGUUACUUAGCAAAGUAAAAAAAAAAAAUGAAAAUGAAGAAAGGCUUUCUCCUCAAUAGAGAUAUAUUAAUCAAGGGGAGCCUUAAAAAAUAGCAGUUGAAAAUGAAGUUUUCCAUGAAGGAGAGCCUAAGACACUUUUAUUAAUAAAAGCAUAAUAAAGUUGAUAAUAUUAAUUCUGAUUUUAAGUGUGAGUGAUGCAUUUAUGUUAUUAUUUAAACAGUAAGAAAUGGGAAGUUCCACACCGUGUUUGGCAGAGAGAGAAAAGCAGGGUUCGGUUGGUUAUUUGGAUAUUCAGUGCGAAGUGAAGAAGAACCGCAGGAUGUCCUGUGAAGAGAACGGCGGACAGACGUCAUCCCUCUCGGGACUGCUCUGCUGCUCAUGCCGGUUCAUGUAAGGCUUCCAGACUGGAGACACUGCAGCUUCAGUCACCAGCAACACUGCGCCUUAUGCAGUCCUUCUGCCUCUCUGCUGCCCCCGGUGGCCACAUGCUCAAUUCUGCCUGGUCGUUCUCUGUCCUGGCUUACAGUAUGCAGAAAUUCCGUUUGCUAGGCAACAGGCAUUUCAAUUUCACGUGUGCCUUGCUGUGUUCUACAUUAACUGAGCAAGCUACCAGGAUUCAUAUUUGGAGUUAUGUGCUCUACUACAGAAGUGUAGCAGCUCUAUACAUCAUAGUGUAUUUAAGUGUCUGUUACUGAUCUAGUGAUUACAUUGCCCCCCUACAUCAGAAAGUAGACUAUUCACCUGAUUCAGUUUACACCUCACUGAAACAACCGCCACUUUGCACUUUUCCCCUCUGGAAUAUCACCUCACCGAGAUUACGAUGACGGGGGGGCGUUGUUACCCAUAAUUCCACCAACUUCAGACAUCUCACUUCAUGCGUUUGGCUUGAAGAAUGGAAGUCUUGAUGCAAAACACUAGUCCUGCAAUUUUAUGGCAGGGACAAGAGCUGCUAUACUGCCUAUGUAGCUUGUGCAUUCACCGGCAAACUUUUGUAGAAUUGCUCCUUCCAAUAGGACUUUACAUUUAGGUCCAGCGAGUCACUUGUAGUUACAUAGCAGAUCGUUUUUUUUUUCUUAGUGAUAAUGAAAUGAUAUAAUCCACUGUAUGUCAUUCAUUCAUUCUGUUAGCUUGCGUCUGUGAAUGCUAUCACAAUUGCUAUGCACCUCCAUACGUUUUUAAAGCAAUUAAUUAUAGAUAUGAUAAUAGUUUCUUGGUAAAAUCUUGUCGCGACAAGAUGUUUUCUUGAAUAAUGCAAACUAAUCUGUGAUUAAUGUUUAGAAAUAGCUUCCUUUUUUGGAAAAGCAGUGCAUUUUUAGGGUUUUCUUUAGUACCAUAUAUCAGUAUUUUUUAAACAACCUUCUGUCCCCAUUAGUGCCGACAGUGUCUUUCUGACACUAUCGACACGCUUUAAGAAAGUGUUCUCGCGAGACGAUGGCCGUGCUGUGUAAUUAAGCACCAUUCCUAUUAUUAUUUUUAUUGUUAUUUAUAGAACUGAAAUUAUUGUGUGCUGAGGAGUUAUGUCAGUGAAUGCAGUCUCCUGGUUUCCAUGUCUAAUUUUAUUAAGUUGUUUGUGUUUACAUGACUUUUGUAUGGCUUUUUUUUUGGGUAUCAUUAAUAAAUAAUUUUGUAAUUAAA